UAUAAAAUAAUGGUAUAUAACAAUAUUUUAAUAAAAUGUAUAAAUUCAAAAGAAAAAUUGUAUUAAACUUACUAACAACAAAAAACAACAACAAUUAUUAAAGUUAUUUUUUUACAAAAAAAAAGUUGAAAUAAAACACGUUCAAAGUGAAGGUCAAUGCAACUACCAAUAAUUAAUACACGCAAAAAAAUUAAAAACAUAAUAAACUUAAAAUAAGUGUUUUAAACGAAAGUGCAAGUGUAAAACAUUACGUUAAUAAAUUAACAAAAAUCAUGCCAAAUUUUUUGAAAUCUUGGGGCGUUACUAGUUGCCAAAACUCCCUUAACAUAUCAGCGUUAAGAUUAACAACACCAAUUACUACUACUACUACUUCCGUCAUGUUGCCCUUGAAAUUUUUAAUUUCCAUAAUUAUGGCCUUAGGCCUUUUUACCGCCUUGGUGUUAGGUGAAACCAUUCCAACACAAAAUAUGUCAAAUAAAGAACGUGAAGCUUUAAGAGAAGAAGCUCGUGAUAUGUUUUAUCAUGCUUAUCAUGCCUAUAUGGAUAAUGCCUAUCCAGCAGAUGAAUUAAUGCCCUUAUCCUGUAAGGGUAGAUAUCGAGGUGUUACACCCUCACGUGGUGAUAUGGAUGAUAUAUUGGGAAACUUUUCUAUGACUUUAGUUGAUACACUCGAUACUUUAGUUCUAUUAGGAGAUUUUGCUGAAUUUGAACAUGGCGUUAAACUGGUUAUACGCGAUGUCCAAUUUGAUAGUGAUAUUAUUGUAUCGGUUUUUGAAACCAAUAUACGUAUGAUGGGUGGUCUACUAUCGGCCCAUAUAUUAGCUGAAUAUGUACAAAAGAAGGCACAAGUAAUGCCCUGGUAUAAGGGAGAACUGUUGGAGAUGGCCCGAGAUUUGGGUUAUCGUUUAUUGCCAGCAUUUAAUACCUCAACGGGUAUACCACAUGCUAGGGUGAAUUUACGUUAUGGCAUGAAAGAUGAACAGUUGAAGAAAUCAAGGGAAACGUGUACCGCAUGCGCGGGUACUAUACUAUUGGAAUUUGCAGCUUUGUCAAGAUUAACGGGUGAUCCUAUAUUCGAGGUUAGAGCUCAUGCUGCCAUGGAUGCCUUAUGGAAAUUGCGUCAUCGGGGGUCUGAUCUUAUGGGCACUGUUUUAAAUGUUCACUCUGGCGAUUGGGUGCGUCGUGAUUCAGGCGUUGGUGCUGGCAUAGAUUCCUAUUAUGAAUACCUUUUCAAAUCCUAUGUGCUUUUGGGUGAUGACAAAUAUUUAGCACGUUUUAAUCGUCACUACAAUGCUGUCAUGAAAUAUGUUAGUGAAGGACCCAUGCUCUUAGAUGUUCUAAUGCAUCGUCCUCAUGCCAAAUCUCGCAACUUUAUGGAUGCUUUAUUAGCCUUUUGGCCGGGUUUGCAAGUUUUAUCGGGUGACCUUAAACCGGCGGUACAAACACAUGAAAUGUUAUAUCAGGUCAUGCAAAUGCAUACCUUCAUACCAGAAGCAUUUACCAUAGAUUUUCAAAUACACUGGGGUCAACAUCAUCUAAGACCGGAAUUUAUAGAAUCAACCUAUUUCUUAUAUCGUGCCACAGGAGAUCAUCAUUAUCUGCAGGUGGGUAAGAAGGCCUUAAAAGCUUUACAACAAUACGCUAAGGUACCCUGCGGUUAUGCUGCUGUCAAUGAUGUGCGUACGGGUAAACAUGAAGAUCGUAUGGACUCGUUUGUUUUGUCUGAAACCUUUAAAUAUCUCUAUUUACUAUUUACGGAACCGCAAGACUUAAUACUAAAUGUCGAUGAAUUUGUUUUCACAACUGAAGCUCAUUUACUGCCACUAUCUCUAGCCCAAUUGGGCAAUUCCACUUACAAUUUCCGUCAAUCGGAGGAACAUAAUGUCUUGGAUUUCAUGCGCACCUGUCCCUCUUCGAAUAAGCUUUUUCCUGAGAAAGUACGCAAGCCGUUACGAAACUUCAUUUCCGGUUCGUGUCCGCGUACACCGUCGACGAAACGUUUACGGGCAUUGGACUUUCAAGCAAGUAAUGCUGAUCAUUUACGAGCUGUUUAUGACAUGGGCAUUACAAUGGUUUCAUUAGGCGAUGGCAAGGUGCGACUGUUUCAUAGUUUUUAUAAUGCUAAAUCUCCCGAAGAUGGUGAAAUGGGUCUGUUAUUUAUGCAGGAAAUGUUGGAAUUAACUAAACUACAAUCGGUGAAUCAGUUGGCACAAUUACAGGCUGUUGCUUACACCGUCGAUGACAAAUCAACCGAAUGGACCGCCCUAAUGGCUGGACCAUCACACUUUACACCCGAAUUAGUAGACGAUGAAUUUGUUGAGGGUGAAAUUAUUAUGUCCGAACCCCUAAGAGCCUGCACCGAUACCCUAAAAAAUGCCGAACAAGUACGUGGCAAAAUCCUAGUAGCGGAGCGCGGUGAAUGUACGUUUGUAAGUAAAGCACGUUUAGCACAAAAGUCGGGUGCUUUAGCGUUAAUUGUCUGUGAUAAUGUACCCGGUUCAUCGGGUGAAACACAACCCAUGUUUGCUAUGUCUGGUGAUGGCAAUAACGACGUUAAAAUCCCUGUUGUUUUCAUGUAUUCACAAGAAUUUACGAAACUUUCAACGGUUAUGCAAAGAAAACCACAUUUGAAGGUAAGAUUAAUGCAAAUGAUAGAAUUUAAACGUUGGCAAUUGGCGAAAGAAACUAAAGCGAAUGAGACGAGCACAGAGACAACAACAACAACGACUACAGCAACGACGCCUACUAAAAAAACGAAACCUGAUAAAGAAUUGUAGUGAUUACUUUAAAUAUUUUAAAUUCUUAUAAAUAUAUUUUUUUUUGUUUAGGUAAUUAAUUUGGAAAAUAACUAUUAAUACAACCUAUACAUAUAUCAUUAUUAAUUAUAGUUAUUAUACAUAUAUAGCGGGGGAUUAUAUGCAAUGUUCUCCAUCUUAGAUUUGGAUGAAAAAGGCGAAUUUGUUAGAAUAUUUUGUUUUUGUUUAGCUGCAAAAUAAGUUAUCUUAGCAAGUUUGGACAUGAUUAACAAGAAUCCGUCAAAAUAUUUGAAAUCGUUUGCCUCUAUUUGAAAUGUCAGCUAUUUUCUUAAAAAUCGGUCAAAAUAUUUGCCAUCGUCUGAAAGGUUUUCGAGAUAUCAAAAUAUUUGAUCAUUUUCAGUUGCAAAAUAAGUUAUCUUAGAAAUUUUGGGAACGCUAAACGCGAGUAUCCGUUAAAACAUUUAAAAUCGUUUGGAUAUUGAAAUACUUUAAAAUUCCUUCCUGGAUAUUGAAAUUCCUUUAAUUUUGAUUUUGUUUAGUGGCAAAAUAAGUUAUCUCUGAAUUAUUGAACAUGCUAAAAAAAGAAUUCUUUCGAAUAUUUGAAAUCAUAUGGAUAUUUUUCGAGUUAUCAGCUGUUUUAUUGCAAAUCCGUUGAAAUGCUUUAUAAUAAAGUUAUUUUUAAUUCUAUUUAGUGUCAAAAUGAGUUGUCUUAGAAAUUUUGCACAUUAUAAACGGGAAUUCGUUCAAAUAUUUGAAAUCGUUUGGAUAUUUUUCGGGAUAUUAGUUGUUUUAUUGCAAAUUAAUUUAAAUACCUUAAAAUUCUUAUAAUUUUGAUUAUGUUUAGAGGCAAAAUAAGUUAUCUUUUUAAUUUUGAACAUGCUAAACGAGAAUCUAUCAAAUUAUUUAAAAUCUUUUGGAUUGUUUACCUGAUAACCGCUGUUUAGUUGCAAAUCUGUUGAAAUAUAUUAAAAUUCAAGUAAUUUUGAUUAUGUUUAGAUGCAAAAUAAGUUAUCUUAGUAAUUUUGCACAUGCAAAACGAAAAUUCAAGUAUUUUUGAUUAUGUUUAGUUGCAAAAUGAGUUAUCUUAGUAAGUUUAGACAUUCUCAACAAGAAUCUUUCAACUUUUUUCUUAAAAUGCAACUAUUUUAAAUUUUGUUUAGUAGCAAAAUAAGUUAUCUUAGUAAUUUUUAACAUCCUAAACAACAAUCCGUUGAAAUAUUUGAAUUCGCGAUUAUCAUUUUCGAGUUAUCACUCGAUUUAUAUCAAAUCUGUUCAAAAGCUUUAAAAUUUGUUUAGUUUAGUGACAAAAGAAGUUAUCUUAGAAAUUUAGCACAUACUAAACUAAAAUUCAUGUAUUUUUGAUUUUGUUUAGUUGCAAAAUAAGUUAUGUGAGUAAGUUUAGACAUUCUCAACAAGAAUCUGUCAAAAUUUUUUGGAUUUUUCACGAGAUAUUAGCAUUUUUUGUUGAAAUGCUUUAAAAUUCAACUAUUUGUAAUUGCGUUUAGUAGCAAAAUAAGUUAUCUUAGUAAUUUUGACGAUUCUAAACAAAAAUCCGUUGAAAUAUUAGAAUACGCGUGCAUCGUUUUCGAGAUAUCACGCGAUUUUUAUCAAAUCUGUUGAAAUGCUUUCAAAUCGUUCAAUUUUGAUUAUGUUUAGUUGCAAAACAAGUUAUCUUAGUAAUUUUGAACAUGCUAAACGAAAAUUCAAAUAUUUGUGAUUAUGUUUAGUUGCAAAAUAAGUUAUCUUAGUAAGUUUAGACAUUCUCAACAAGAAUCUGUCAACAUUUUUUGGAUUUUUCACGAGAUAUUAGCAUUUUUUGUUAAAAUGCUUUAAAAUUCAACUAUUUGUAAUUGCGUUUAGUAGCAAAAUAAGUUAUCUUAGUAAUUUUGACGAUUCUAAACAAAAAUCCGUUGAAAUAUUAGAAUACGCGUGCAUCGUUUUCGAGAUAUCACGCGAUUUUUAUCAAAUCUGUUGAAAUGCUUUCAAAUCGUUCAAUUUUGAUUAUGUUUAGUUGCAAAACAAGUUAUCUUAGAAAAUUUUUGACAUUCUAAACGAAAACUCAAAUAUUUGUGAUUAUGUUUAGUUGCGAAAUAAGUUAUCUUAUUUAUUUUGGACAUUCU